GAACCAUCCGUCCUCCAUCCGAGAUCCCGGAACUGCUGCCGAAUCCACCAACCUCCGAGCCCCGAGCCCAGAGAAAAACAUAGAUUCCCGUCAGCUUCCCGGCACGAGCAAUACUUCCCCGACCAAUGGCUUGCCCCAGCUGCAGAUCCAGCCUCGGCCUCCUCCUCCCGAGAGGACCGGCCGCAACGUCGACCCUGCGCCAGGGUCUCUUUGCCGAGAGCACCACCGCGCGCGCCGCGCUAUCCUUCUCCCAGUCCAGCAACACCACCGCCCGCAGUACGAGAAGAAGCACAAGCCUCCUCUCACAACAAUCUCGACGGAUACACACAACGCGCCAAUGCCGUGCUGAAGGCGGCGAGGGGAGCGGCGGCCUGGCUGGUGGCUUCCGCAAGCUUCUGGCAUCCGUUGCCGGCAACCAGAGCUCAUCCUACAUCGCCUAUGGCGCCACCCAGCGCAUCUACAAGGACUGCGCCAAGCAGGCCGACUACACCAUCACUCCCGAGGACAGGAAAGCCGGAAGGGUGAAGGAAACGGCGGAUGGCGAAGAGAUUGGUGUUGGUAAUGGGAGCAUUUGGCACGAGAAAUUCGGCCUUCUCCCAACCUUCUCAACCUGGGCCCACGUAACCAUGCUCCACCUCUGGCUCGUCGUCGUCCGCCUGCGCUGCCUCGACAAGGACGCCCACGCCACCUGGCAGGCCCAGCUGGUCGAUCACUUCUUUCACCAGGCCGAGGAGAAGAUGGACCGCACCCACGACAUGUCGUCGCGUGUCAUGCGCCAGCGCUACCUGCAGGACCUGUUCGUACAGUGGCGCGGCGUCGUACUCGCCUACGACGAAGGUCUGGUAAAGGGUGACGCCGUGCUCGCUGCUGCCGUGUGGCGCAACCUGUUCAAGGCGAGCGAGGACGUCGAUGUUCGCGCCCUGGCCGCCAUCGUCAGCUGGAUGCGCAGCAGCUUGAAAUAUCUGGAUUCCAUGGAGGAUGCCGGUCUGGCGCUUCAUCCUACUUUGUUCAAGAACAAGCCGGAUGCUGAGCUGCAGGUGGUGGAUAAGUUGGUCCCGGCGCUGGAAGGGCAAACGAGUAAGGGUGCGGCAGCGGCUGAUGUUGAGGGCAUUUCGGCGGCGGGACAGGCCGAGGCGAAGGCGUCGCCGGUAACAAGCCAGAAGGCUGAGCCCAAGGGUGCUGCUUCCCAGAAGCCGAAGGCGGUGCCCAAGUUCAAGACUGCUGCUUAGAGUUGGGAUGGAGAGUAGAAGAAAGUAGGUUGGUCGGUGGAGGACUGUACAAUUACCUUGUAUUAUAACAGCAUACCGGACACUUCCCAAGCAAAAGUGACGGUAAGGACGAGAUGCUGGAUGGAUGGAUAUUCAUAUGUAAGGUGAACCUAAAAGUGCUGCAACUAAGCACAAGAUGUAGAUACCAUAGUGUGGGGAAUCAAGAGGCACGAAAUAAAACACUGUCACCAU